AUGUCUCAGCCCUCGGUCCCGUCAGACUGGCCCGGCACGCCGCCCACCGACACGCCUGCUCCGUCCACCGACGCCUCCCGAACAAGCGGCUUGGCAUCCGGCCUAUGUAUCGCGCUUGCCAUCAUCAUAGGACUCGCGUUUUACGUGCUGAGGGGGAGGAUAUUCCCCCUUGGCGCCUACACGGCCGCCACGCCGCCACGCCGCUCCGACACGCUGACCCCCGAGGCUCUGGCUCUGCUGCCAACGCAUACCCAUGACGCUGUCCUCGCGGAAACGUCGUCCGUGAGAGGCGCCGGGCCGGGCCCAAACGACAGGUGCUGCUCCGUCUGCACCGAGCCGUUCAUGCACGGCGUCCAGCUGCGCAGGCUUCCCUGCGGGCACCAGUUUGACAGGGCGUGCAUCGACCCGUGGCUGCUCGGGCGCUCGGCCACUUGUCCGCUCUGCCGGCGGAAAGUCACGACGCGGCCGCUGAAGAUUCACGAAAAACUGCCCAUGUCGCCUCGCCCGACCUUCUUCCCGCCCAGCAGGUGGAGGAGGGACGGGGACAGCUCAAGAGCUGAGUGGACAUUCUCCGUGGACGAGACGCCGCGUCUAACGGCGCUGCAGGGUCCUCCGGGAAGCUCUGUGGUAGAAAAUGCACGCAGAGACUGGCAUUAUGGUCAAAGCACGCGGGGGCAAAGACGGGCUCCUGGUUUCCGCCCCUCUGGUACUCUGGCGACGGUGUCCGAAUCAUCGACAGCGGAGACGCGGGAGAUGGUGGAAAAUCGAGGAUGA